UCAAGUAAAACAAAACAAUAGGGACCGAGCUUCUAGAGUGUCACGCCAACUAGUGGCGAAAGCGUAAACCUUUUGGGCAAUAAUAAUAAUAGUAAGACUAUUCCCCAGUAGCACGUGAUUUUCUGUUGAUUUUUUUUAUCAAUAUAAAUUUUUUAAUUAAUAAACAAUGUCUUUAUCAAUAAAGUCAUGUUGCAUAAAAGGUUGUACAGAAAAAUCCCGUAGAGAGCAAAAAAUAAAUUUACCGAUAAAAUUUUAUACUUUUCCACAAAAUAAUUGUGGUGUACCAUGGAAGGAGAGUAAGCGUAUCAAAUGGAUAAAUGCAGUAAACAAAUAUGUAAAAAAUCCGAAAGACUGGAAGCCGACAAAAAAUACAAGGAUUUGUAGUGCUCACUUUAUAAAUAAUAAUAAAUCUGAGCAUCCACUUCAUCCAUCCUAUGUUCCUUCCAUUUUUCCGGAAAAAAAAAAUACUAAAAAUUCAAUUCAAUCUUUGCAACGUUUUGAACGUUUGAAAAAACGUCAGUCAAAGAAAAAUAAUAAUGUGGAGUUAAUGAUGAUUGACAAUGUAAAUGAAAAUCAAGAAAAUAAUAAUUUAGCUAGAAAAGACAACAACAACAACAAUAAUAAUAAUAAUAAUAAUAAUACAAGUGACAUAAGAAUGGAGCAAGACCCAGUUGAAAUUGAGUUUCAACAACAGACAAAUAGUGGAGUGAGUGACUUAAAUUAUUUCCGUCCAGCAUAUAGAAGCAUAAGUUGCCAAACAGACAAACAACCAGAUCAUUCGUCAGACGAUUAUUCAUAUUUUUUCUGUAAUUUGGAUCGUCGUGAAGGUGUAAGUACUGCUGCAGUACAGGUCCAUUUAUCAGUUAAAAAAAUAGCUGACAAAAUGUGUGAGGCUUCAAUAUCAGUUCCGAAUAAAAAUGUCAAGGAUUCUGGUUGUGAUCCUAUCAAUGUUGAAUCUAUUAAAGCAAACUGCCAAGGUUUCCAUGGAAUUUCUUCUGUUACUUCUGAUGAGACUAUGAGCAGCUUAACUGGUGUUACAUUGACUCUUUUUUCAUGGUUUUUAAACCUCCUUCCAGAUGGUAAAACUUAUAAAGUUGAUAAAAAAAUGAAAUUAUUAAUAACUCUAAUGAAACUUAAAACCGGCUUAACAUUUACUGCACUGUCUGUUUUAUUCAAUGUUCAUCGUACUUCUAUUAAUCGUAUCUUCAUAAAAAAUUUACGGCAGCUGUAUAUUGCAAUGGAAAAAUUUAUAUUUUGGCCAUCUAAAGCUACAGUUCAAGCAUCUCUGCCUGAAGCUUUUAAAUUACAUUACCCUGAGACACGUGUAAUUAUUGACUGUACUGAGAUUUACACUGAGGUUCCACCAGAAGUUAAGCACAGAGUUUUAAUGUACUCUGAUUAUAAGCAUCGUCACACUACAAAAUUUUUAGUUGGGUGUACUCCAAAUGGAUUUAUCAGUUUUUUGUCAAAGGGUUAUGGUGGUCGUGCUAGUGAUUGCUUCAUUACUAAUGAUUGUGGACUAAUUGAUUUAAUUGAGCCCGGGGAUGUUGUUCUUGCGGAUAAAGGUUUUCCACAAAUACAAACUAAAGUAGAAGAAAAAAAUGCGAUCUUCGUAAUGCCUCCAUUUUGUAAUAAAGAUCAGUUUACACCUGAAGAAGUCGACGAAACAUAUAAUAUUGCUUCAGUUAGAAUACAUAUUGAACGAGUGAAUCAGAGAAUAAAGGAUUUCAAAAUUCUUUCUAAAGUGCCAGUGUCACUAUUACCUCAUAUUGAUGAAAUUCUUUUCGUGAUUUGUGCUAUUAUAAACAAUCAGAAACCACUAUUCAAAGAACAAGAUUAAACAUCCUAU